AGGGCCUACUGUAAGAGGACGAUCUUUCGGAACAGGACAAAUCUUUUUAGCAUCAUGAGCAAGAAGAAAUCUGUAUUAUUUGUUUGUUUGGGUAACAUAUGUCGUUCUCCUAUGGCAGAGGCCAUAUUUAGAGAGCAAAUAAAAGAAAAAGGGGUCGCAGAUGAGUGGGAUGUUGACAGCGCAGGAACGGGUAAUUACCACGUUGGAGGUGGUCCAGAUCCUAGAACGAUGAAAACUUUAAAACGGCAUAAUGUCAUGGGAUACCAGCAUGUUGCAAGGCAGAUUAAUGUGAGGGAUUUUGAACAAUUUGAUUACAUUCUAGUAAUGGACGAUGACAACUUGGAAGAUGUAAAUAGAUUGGCGAACAGAAGCAAGAAAGGGAAGGCGACGAUUAGACUGCUAGGCAGCUUUGAUGACGAUGCAAGUACCGACCAAGUAGGAGACCCUUAUUACGGACGAGGAGACGAAGGAUUUGAGAGGGUUUAUAACCAAUGCUGGAAAUGCUGUCAGAAGUUUCUAGGAUGAUUUUUCUUUGUUUCAUAUUUACGUUUCGCGUUUAAAAGCUUUUCUCCUUUUUCUUGCCUAUUCAUUUGCCCUUGAUUUGAUCCAGGUUAGAAAACUUUAAUGAUUUUGCCGACACGUCACUGCAACCAAUGGCACUUUAUCAGCUGCCACCUGCGAGGGGAAGCAUUUGAUUGCCUAUAGUAUAAUAAAUCUGACUUAAUUAAUUUUUGGGUCACAAGAAGUCAAGCGUAGCUGCAAGCAUAUGCAAGUUUUCCAGCCUAGGAUUUGAUUGUAAGAAUCAAAUCACUGAUACAGCUAUACAGAUACAGACUAAAACAUUAGGAGUGGGGGAGAGAGAAAACAGAGUUUUUUAUGUAUUGAGAAGUUAUACCUAGUAAAUAUAUAGUAGUACUGUUCAUCAUCAAUGCCUUCCUUCAGAGGGACAUUUACACUGUAGUAUUUUCCAAUUCCAUAGCCAACAUCUUCUACACUGCCAGUCCCUAUCAAUUAUAUAUGAAAACAAUUAUAUCAUAAAUACAAUUAAAAAUAUAAUUAUGUACUGAAUGGGUUCACUGGAACUUUGACCACAUGAAUGAAAGAACAUUGUGAAAUACCAGUAGAUGUACAAAAUCAGUUUAUGUGUCACAGUAUUCCAGUGAUAUAGUCUGAGAAAGACCCAAUCUCAGGAUUGGUAGAAAAAUAAUUAUCUGAUAGAGGGAACAGAAUUUGGAGAAAUCAGAAUCACUCUGAUUUCUCUGGCUUUUUAAAACUACUCAGCAGAUAUGUUGCUGCUCCAAAAUGGCUUGAAUGCACAUUCUACUUUCAUUGAAAGCAAUAUAUUUAAUUUAAGUUCAAUACAAUAUAUUAAGUAAACCAAAAACAGGCUGCUGAAAGGCUAAAGGGGUUCCAGCUCUCUUCCCAAGGUGGUCACUAUGAACAUUGUAUCAAAUAUAAACAAUCAUUAUCAUAAACAGAAUCUUAUCAAUAAUUCUUGGUACAUCUCGACAGCAUCACAACUUUGAAAUUGUCAAGAGCAUAACAAACCAAUUUGACGCAAUGAGUUUUUUAAGUGACUGGGUUUAGAGAUCAUAACCCAAAAAGGUAAUUUUCUAAAUAAUAAAAUGUUUGUGACCAUUUAUUUUUAAAAUUAUUUGGUUGACAAGCAAGAAUUGACAUAGUUACAAACAUUUUACCAUAAAUGAUUAUGGAUAUGGAAAUAAAAGCUGAACAUUAGUGAUAUGAAAGCUAUACUGGAAAAAUUGUUCAACUUUUCUUGAUUUCCUUUUUUUAAACUGCAGACCACAUCACUACCAAUUGGAACAAAGGAUUUUUAUUUUCCCUUCCCUCUUUAGCCUUUCAUUACUUUGUUUAUUCAGUUUAAAUGGUUAGAAAUUUUUUUAACAUGUUGAUUUUGCAAUAGUUGCAGUGAAUAAAUACCUGGAAAGUAACCCUUGUCAAACCUGUGCAAAGAGACAGUCAUGACUUUGUCUGUUGUAAAGAAUGCCUCUUCAACCCCUGGAAAAUAUUUUGAAAUUUUUACAUAUAAAACAGUUUAGUAUUACUGGUGACCAUUCUAAAUACGAGGCCUUAAAAACUGUUUUGGAGAGUCUGUGGUCAUUUUUGAGCUAGAGGCAUGUAUUGCAAAAUAAGCAAAAAUAAUAAUGAUAUCAAAUAAAAAAUCCUAUCUUUUUGAGUUUUUACUGGCUAUUGAAAAUUCUUUAAAAUAUUGCACAAGCAACAGCACAACAAUGCUGUAGAGGAAGGGGUUUGGGAAAUUCUGAG